AGCAACUGGAGACAGGCAAAGAGCACAGUCCUCCUCAUACAACUACACACAGCCACGCACACACACACACGCAAGAAGCCACAAUGUGCCUUUCCCAGGUCUUCAUAUUGCUGACCUCAUUGGGGCUGGCAUUCUGUGUGCAAUUUCAAGCUAACAUAAAUAUGGCCGGAGUGCUGGGACAGACAAGCUUUGACUCCAGUCAGCAAACGGUCACGGUCAACAUCACCACAGGAUCCUGUGGCCCGAUGAAGCUCUCCCUACAUGCAUUCCCUGUUAUGUACGGCCACUUCCAAAUGCCCUGUCAGGAGACGAACAUUGGAGCGAGAGUCUACACCUUUAAUGUCAACCAGACUGCUGCCACUGUUAACGUGUCAGACCUGUUUGCUCAAAGGCCUCAGCUAGAUGAUCUCUCCCUGGUGGUCGAAGCGUGCAAUGGUACAAAGGCCUGCACUGUUGUUCGUCAAAAUAAAAAAGUGAACACCUGGCAGGCCAGAUUUUUUGUGGUUUGGGCAGGCGAUGUUUACAUUCGUCAAAAUGUAGGAGACAAUUCUGCUAGAAUCCUGUCCAACCUGGUUCCGGUCCAAGGCAGUAUAAAUGCCACCAGUGUUGAUGCAUUUGUGUCACAGAGCUCAACGCCCAGCUGUGAGGCUCUUCUGAACCAACUGAACACGUCCGGGCUGGGAAGUUUGUCCAGCCUGGGGAGCCUGGCGGUGGGUGCCCCCACCCAGCCAAAGAAAUCCAGGAAUGAUGUGACAAGUUUCACCAACAAUGCACGUUUUUUGGUACUCAAAUCUGGCGAAAAGUUCACAUGUGCCAUGGUCAGGGUGAUGGAAGAGAAGCAGGUGAAUGCCCGUGUUGACAUGAAAGGGGCCAAGGGCUACUUCAGCUUUAGUCAGCCAUCUCCAUUUGACGUAACAAAUAUAAGGGCGAAUCUGACUGGCCUGAAAAGUCAGGGCAAAGGUUAUCAUGUACAUCAUUUCCCGCUUCCUCAAAUGCUUUCAACCAGAGAGGGUGUCUGCAGCAAUGACAAUGUGGGGGGACACUGGAACCCAUUUAACGUGAACACAAGUGGCCCUGCAUAUCCCAAAGGUCCAGGUGCGACUCAUGACAUGUAUGAGGUGGGGGACCUCAGCAGCAAGCAUGGCUCCCUGGAAGGCACAGACAACUUUGAAAAAUCCUUCACUGACUGGAACCUUCCCCUUUUUGGCAAUAACAGCAUCAUCGGUCGCUCAGUGGUGAUUCAUUACCCAAACGGCAGCAGGUUUGCAUGUGCCAGCAUCGGAUACCCAGGAGAAGUGACUGUGGGUAAGUCGGUCUUCACACAUCCUGUGGUUGGCACCGUUUUCUUCACCCAGUUGAGGGCCAACCCUUACUCAGAUGUAUCUGUAUUCCUGGACCUUUCUUAUGGGGACCCAGCCACCUCUGCAACUAACGGUCACAAUUGGCACAUCCACAAGUACCCCAUCAGCUCUGAGGCUGACAAUGGCACGGAUCGCUGUCAGAGCACUGGGGGUCACUGGAACCCCUUCAACAUCAACACCACAGACAGCAGCUAUGCUGCCAACUGCAGGCCUGAUAAUCCCUUUGCGUGUGAAAUCGGAGACCUGGCCAGCAAACACCAAACUCUACACCUCCUUCCCAAGGUUGGAGGGGUGGAGAGCAAGUACUUCUUCACUGACACGACUUCCUGGGUCUCUGACAUAAGCUCAGUGAUUGGCAGAUCGGUGGUGAUCCACAGGGAAAACAGAAUGGGGCCCAGACUGGCUUGCGCUAACAUCACUGACGCACGGUUGCCAUCGGCACAGACUGGCUCCUGGGCUGGGGUGGGGACAGCCACAGGUCAGAUCCACUUUGUACAGGAGUCACCUCAGGGCCCAACGCAAAUCAACGUCUCCCUGUCGAAUCUGGCCUCCAGGGCUGGAGGCUACCACGUGCAUGUGCUUCCCAUUAAGAAUGGCAGCAAUCCCUGUUCUAAUGAGAACAUCUUAGGCCACUUCAAUCCCUUGUCAAUCAAUGCAUCCAUGUCUCCAGCACCUGGAACCGGCUCUGUAGACCAAUAUGAGAUUGGUGACAUUAGUGGGAAGUUUGGAUUACUGACAAAUUUGGACAAAAAACAAGAACUUUAUAUGGACAGCAAUAUGCCUCUCUCAGGACCAAACAGCAUAGUUGGCCGUUCAGUGGUAAUUCAUUACACCAAUGGUUCAAGGAUGCAGUGCGCUAACAUUUCUGCUGUGAACGCCUCUGCUGGUCAGCUGGUGACAGCACAGGCGACGUUCAAGAGCAACGUUACGGGAUCGAUUACACUGUCUCAGUGGAUAUAUCCUGAUGGCAGCUACAGCGACGUAAUUUUGGAGGUGGACAUUCGCUCAUCACAAAAGCUUGCAGUUAUGGAUCCUUCCUGGGAUGUACAUGACUUCCGUGCUGGUGAGAAUGUCAGUCAAUGCACUGGAGUUGGAGGCCGAUUUAAUCCUUUUGGCAUGCCUGCUGUGAACUCCAGCUGCUCCCGUGACCAUCCUCUAAACUGUGCGGUCGGGGACCUGUCAGCCAAACAUGGGAAUGUGAACUUGGGGCAGAGAAUGCUGUUCACUGACACAACUCUUCAGCUGACCGGGGAUUUCACAGUUGUGAACCGAUCAAUAGUGCUGAGGAACCAAAGUAGGAUUUUGGCCUGUGCUGACAUUCAGCCAAUGUCCCCCUCCACUGAACUCAUCUUCCCCAAUGUGAAAAACUUUAGCAGAUAUGACUUACGCAGCAAGGUUGCCACAGUUCUUGCGGUUGAUCUUUGGAGAGUCACCAUCUUGCCAGGAGCGCUCUCAUCUGCAGCAGGGGGGCAGUGCCAGAAAGUCAGCAUUCUGGUUUCAGGAAAUGUGAGCAUGCAAAGUCUGAACUCCCUUAAAGAUGAUGAGAGGAUGGGACCAUUUAGAAGAUCUAACCAAUGCUCAGAUAGAAAUUCUGGAGAACUACUAUUUCCUGGAAGACUUUCAAUCAUGUUCACAAUAACUGCCAUCCAGUUCCUCCUCUGUUGGAUUCUUCUGUAGACCACAGAUAAGAGUCUGCAAUUUGCUCAUUCCAGGAUAACAGAAUUGCAAAUACAUUUUAUUUGGGGAGAAAUUAGAUAUUAUAUUUGUAAAUAUGCUUAAACUUGCUUGUUCUUCACAGUAUGCAGAAUGUGACCUUUAUUGGGUUGACUAAAUCAAUGCAGGGAGUAAUUGUAUAUAUUAAAUGAAAUGUCUGGAUAUUUACUGUCACAUAAUGGGUUCAAUUUUGUUUUACAAGAGUACUUUAUGCAGUAAUAAUAGAGGACAUGACAGGAAGCAAUACUUUAUACUGUCAUUAAUGUAAGCUAAAAUGUCCAAAUAUAUAAACAUAGCCAAUAUUCUAUAAUGUAUAGUCCUUUGUACUUUUAUAAUGCUUAAUUUCAUGUAUUUCUGUAUGAAGCCAACAUCUUUUAAAUGGCACAGCAUCCGAGUCUGUUGAAAUGUCUUGUAUGAAAUGCUGCAAUGUGGGGGAAAUCAGUAUUGUCCAAAGCUGAAGACAUUCAGUACAGUAAAUUGUAAAAAAAAAAAAAAAAAAAAAAAAAAAAAGUUCAA